AUGGAAUUCAGAUUGUCCGACGUUUACGAUGUCGCAGGCAAGCGCUUUGAUUUUGUGAUCAUAGGUGCGCUCGUCUUGCAUACUGUUCAGGAACGUAGGCCCACAAGCUCCUACAAGGCGGUGACCGCAGGACUUACCCUUGCUAGUCGAUUGAGCGAAAACCCUGGUAUCACGGUAGCUGUCUUAGAGGCCGGAAAGGCUCAUUUCGGUGAUCCUAACAUAUUGGCGCCAGACGGAUGGAUUCAACAGAUUAUGAGACCGGAGUACGAUUGGAGAUUUCCCACCAAACCACAAGCAGGGGCCGCCGACAUUUCGUUUACGUGGAGUCGCGGCAAAGGUCUAGGAGGAAGUUCUGCUAUGAAUUUCCUUCUCUGGACGAGACCUCAUCGCGAAGAAAUUGAUGCCAUCGAAAAGCUUGGAAAUCCUGGCUGGGACUGGGAAUGUAUGAACAAGUAUUUUAAACGGGUGGAAAGCUUCUCCCCUCCACUCUUAAAUUCUACGAAAUACGAAGACUUAUAUGUCGAGACUUCGAUGGGCACUGAAGGGAAAUUGCCGAUUUCCUUUUCGCAGACCAACUGUGGCGCCGAGUCGCUUUUUCAGCAGAGCUUGAUGAAGCACGGCGUCAAAAUUGUUGAAGAUCCUAUGAGUGGGAAUAGCACCGGAACAUGGAAAGCUGUGUCCACAAUUGAUUCUAAGAGUGGUUUGCGAAGCUAUUCAGUCUCAGCUUAUCUUCAAACCGCGAGAGAGAGGCCUAAUUUGAAGGUUCUAGCUGAAGCUCACGUGAGCCGAAUUGUGUCUGCAGAAGGCGGCCAGAAUGUCGUCGCAACAGCAGUUGAGUUUGAUGUCGCCGGAGAGGUGUAUCGUGUUGAUGUCGGUCGAGAAGUAGUCCUAUCUGCGGGGCAAAUACUCGAACUUAGCGGCAUCGGAGAUCGUAUGGUUCUUGAAGCUGCAGGUGUCCCGGUUCAGCAACAUCUUCCAAGCGUGGGGACGAACGUACAAGACAAAGUGUAUGCGCGAGUCAUGUUAGAGACGCACGAGGAGAGCAAUAUCGUGAGUAGUAAUAUGCCCAAAGACAUAACGUUCAAGGCAAAGUUGGAUCAACUCUGUCCUGAUAUCACAUAUCCCUUCUCGUUGACCAUGACUGGCUUGACGUUCUUGCCGAUUCAAUCGUUUAUCGAUUCGUCCACCGCACUGAUCGAGAAACAAGCGAGCUUAAUCGCACAGAAUGCUGCUCGUUAUCCACCCGGAUUGAAAGAACAGUACGAGAUUCAGCUAGAACAUCUCAAAGAUCCUGGAGUGCCGGAUGUGGAAAUUAUAGUUGCACCCUUCUGUUUCACUCCUCCGUCACCAAACAAACCUUACAUCGUUCUCUCUGUUUGUACUGGAAGUCCCUUCUCUCGUGGAACUAUUCACAUCACAUCCACUGACCCUAAGGUACCUCCUGUAAUUGAUCCGUGCUACUUCGAGCAGGACAUCGACAUGGACAUUCUACUGGAGAGUGUUAAGUUCGCUCGGAAGGUCGCGGAGACUAUGCCUUUUAAGGAUAUUGUUGCUCAAGAGGUGCUCCCUGGAUCUGAUGUGACGUCGGACGAAUCGAUUCGCGAGAACGUUAAGAAGAACCUUUCGACCAUUUGGCACACCGUCGGAAGCCUUUCGAUGCUUCCCAAAGAAAAGGGAGGCGUCGUGGACCACGAACUCAAGGUAUAUGGGACGGCUAACAUCCGCGUUGUCGAUUUGUCAGUUGUGCCAAUCUCUAUUGGUGCUCACACACAAAUGGUGGCUUAUGCGAUCGCCGAGAAAGCUGCCGAUAUAAUCAAGCAACACCUCAACUAA